CAUCGCCCCACUUCAUCUUCGUGACGAAAAAAAAUUAGAAUCUUGAGGAGGCUUUCCCUUUUUUUCCCUAUCGAAAACUCCCUAAACUAAACCCUAAAUCGCCUCCAAUUUAUUCUUCUACGCCUUUGAAGCUCGUCAGUCUCAAACAAAUGGCGACGGGCGCAAAAUCGGUGCUUCAAUUCGGAGGUUCACCUUCUUUGAAUGUAAAAGUUUAUCCUUUAGUAAUAUUCAACAUCUGUGAUUGUUAUGUUCGACGACCCGACCAAGCUGAACGGGUUAUUGGAACUCUUCUUGGAUCCGUUUCGCCUGAUGGUACUGUUGAUGUGCGUAACUCUUACGCUGUUCCUCACAACGAAUUCUCCGAUCAGGUUGCAUUGGACAUUGAGUAUCACCACAAUAUGUUGACAUCACAUCAAAAAGUGAACCCAAAGGAAGUCAUUGUUGGAUGGUAUUCAACUGGAUUUGGUGUUACUGGAGGUUCUGUUUUGAUCCAUGAAUUCUACUCUAGAGAGGUCGCAAAUCCAAUCCACUUGACAGUGGAUACUACAUUCAUGAACGGAGAAGCAACUUUAAAAGCCUUUAUUUCUGUUAAUUUGUCUCUUGGAGACCAGUCGCUUGCUGCUCAAUUUCAGGAAAUUCCUGCAGAGCUUCAAAUGUCAGAAGCUGAGAGGGUUGGAUAUGAACUUCUGAAAUCAACUGUAGCAGACAAAAUUCCAAGUGAAUUGGAAGGCAUGGAGAGCACAUUAGAGAGGUUACUAACCCUAAUUGAUGAUGUGUAUAAAUAUGUGGAUGAUGUUGUGGAAGGACGUGUAGCAGCUGACAGCAAAAUUGGGCGCUUCCUUGCGGAUGCAGUAUCUUCACUUCCUAAGCUUUCAUCUUCAGCUUUUGAUAAGCUUGUGAAUGACAGUCUACAGGAUCAGCUUCUUUUAGUUUAUCUAUCUAGCAUCACUAGGACGCAACUAAGUUUAGCAGAGAAGUUGAACACAGCCGCACAGGUUUUGUAAGUCCAAUUCAAGUAGUUCUAGCAACUAAUCCAAGGGCUGAUCCUACUCGAGAGUCAAGACACAUUUUUAAUAUUUCUGUUUUUGUUGGUGGAUUAUCUGUACUUCAAAAAUUUUGACCCUUGGUUAACGUAUUUUCCAGUUUAUACAAUGCUUUUUAUCCUUCCAAA